AUGGAUGGUUCCAGCAAUCCUGGCAACAAUCUUCAUGUCUCUGGGCUCGACUCGAAGGUUGACAAUCGCGAGCUCGAGGCAAUCUUCAGCAAAUACGGAAAGGUUGACGUGGAGAGAGCUGCAAUUAUGCACGACCCCCAUACCCGCGAAAGCCGUGGUUUUGGGUUUGUCACCAUGGAGUCUGUAGAAGGCGCGGAUGCGGCAUCGGCGGCUCUGAGUAACACAGAGCUGUUUGGAAAAACUAUUCGUGUGGAGAAGGCUCGCCGUGGUAGAGCUCGCACACCUACUCCUGGAAAGUAUUUUGGUCCUCCCAAGAGGGCUGAAUACGAGCGUCCCUAUGAUCCGCGUCCCUACGAUUCCCGCUAUGCUCGGCAUGACAACCGGCGCGAUGACAGGCGUGCGUACGGUGGAAGAUACGAGAGGUAUGAUCGAAAUGAUGACCGCCGCCCGGAGGAGAGGAGGUUUGAUGAUCGCAGAGAGAGACGCUACGAUGAUCGACGUGACAGGCGUGACCGCUUCUGA